GUUAACACGCACAAGGGACUUUUCAGAUAUUGCAGAUUACCUUUUGGCAUCACAUCUGCUCCUGCUCUGUUUCAACGGGCUAUGGAUCCAAUUUUGAGUGGAUUGCCAGGAGUACAAUGUUACUUGGAUGACAUUCUCUGCACCGGUGCCAACGACGAGGAGCAUCUUUGCAACCUGGAUGCUGUCUUAAAAAGGCUAAGGUAGUAUGGUCUUCGAGUGCGCAAGGAAAAAUGUGAAUUUUUGAGACCAUCGGUGGAGUAUCUCGGGCAUGUGAUAGACCACGAAGGACUACACAAGGCUCCAUCAAAGACAAAGGCACUGUAAUACCACACCCACAGGAAGUGCACACUAUGGCAACAGCAGUGUCACACGGGUAGUGGGGCGCCAUUUUUCCUUUCGCAUACCAGACCAAGAAUGGGUAUUAUUAGUAUAUUUUAGAUAAAAAUAUACAAUAUAUUUUUUGGUCAGAGGUUGCAAAGCUCCGGCUUCCCACCUUCAUCAAACGCAACAAAAAGAGUGGCCAGUUUUUCCUCUUUGUUGUCUUUGGUCUUUGAUCUCUAUCUCAGUCACUUCACCAAAGUCACUUUAUUCUAGCCUAGCUGGGCGACCGAUAACAUCGACACGUCGUCAAGCAUCCAGAAAUCAAGCGAGUAAAAUGUCAGCGGGAAUGACACCGGCUGCAAUAAAAGAGGAGCCCCCGCGUCACCAACACUCGGCUGUGUGCAAAAUAAUGCACACAAAGGUUGGACUUCCCGGAUUAGAAGAUGUCAGCCGAGCUCAUCGUCCUGAGCACCAAGAGUCCGCAUGCAUCAAGAAAGAGGAGGAAGAGUCACCCGCCACCGCCAAGGAGGAGGAAGCAUUCGUACACGUUAAAGCUUUCAGAAAAUAUCCUGGUGCUGAGCGGAAGGAGCCAGAAUAUCUUGGCGUAAAAGAGGAAGAUGUUGAGCUCCCCCAAAUCAAAGAGGAGGAGCCAGAGCCCAGUCAGCAGGAGGAAAGGGAGGGGCAACUUCCAAUCAAAAAGGAGGAGGAGGAGCUGCCAUAUGUUAAAGAGGAGGAAGGUAUCAGCAGGUCAACUGGUGAGCCCUUGAAGAGUGAAGAUGGUCUGAGUGAGGCCAGCAAAGGUGUGGAGCCUCCAAGCUGCAGAAGCAGCAGCAGCUCAACAGAACGAUUGCAAGCAGACAUUUUCAUCGCUCCAUCAGACAGAAAUAGCGCCACGUCACACUCUCCUUACAAUGAUGAUGGUCAUAAGGAAUCUCACCGUGACAACAAACUCUGCAAACGCUCUCAGUGUGGUAAAAUCUUUGCUGAGCAGUAUUGUUGUCGUUGGCAUAUGAAGAACCAAACUGGUGAAAAAUCUUUUUCCUGCUCAGUUUGUGGUCAAAGGUUCAGUCAAAAGAGCGCCUUCAACAAACACUCGAGAACCCACACUGGUGAAAAACCUUUUUCCUGCUCAGUUUGUGGUCGAAGAUUCAGUCACAAGAGCAGCUUAAAUAGACACACAAGAACCCACACUGGUGAAAAACCUUUUUCCUGCUCAGUUUGUGGUCGAAGAUUCAGUCGCAAGAGUAACUUAAAGACACACAUAAGAACCCACACUGGUGAAAAACCUUUUUCCUGCUCAGUUUGUGGUCAAAGAUUCAGUCAAAAGGGCAGCUUCAACACACACACAAGAGCCCACACUGGCGAAAAACCCUUUUCCUGCUCAGUUUGUGGUCGAAGAUUCAGUUGCAAGAGCACCUUAGACACACACACAAGAAUCCACACUGGUGAAAAACCUUUUUCCUGCUCAGUUUGUGGUCAAGGAUUCACUUGGAAAUAUCAGCUGAAGAGACACGUGUGUGGUGGUGUAAGAAGCAGUGGCCAAUGACUUUUGUCUGUCAUCAAUGAUUGCCGCAUCAGAUUUUGCACGCCGAACGAUUGUAUUCUGUAAACCUUCUUCAAAUCCUGUUGAGACUUUUGGUGCCUUAUGUAUGCUUUGUCCUAUCCUUGUACGAUGUGCAUCGACACUAUUGCCGGAAGUAUUGUCGCA